CACUCCUGUCUCCCCAGCGCGAGAGCAGCACGCUCGCGCACUCCCAUCGCUCCUUUUUUUUGUAAACAUGGCUGCGACAUUGGCCGCUGAAGCCGACCUCUCACAAACAUAAACUAUUCAUUCAGCAGCAGCAGCAGCGGGAGGAAGGAGUAGCAAGAUGAAGUACCGGAAUGGUGUUGCAUUGGCUCUUUUCUGAAAGAGGACAAGAAUAAGAAGAAGAAGAUGACCACCAACUGCGAAAUAUUGACUUUAACAGCGACUGAGCUGAAAGGCAAAAAGUUUUAGCGGUGCGAAGUUUGACAGCCACUUGGCUUGCUAGAGAGCUAACUUAGCCUAGCAAACUAUUCAAGCUAGCAUGACUUUAGACUAGAUAUUUAGUUACAUUUGGAGGUGAAUAACGAGACCUUUGGUUACAUUUCGAGUCAGUUGUGUUAAAAUAAUUUAAAGAGCAGAGCUCCUAGCUGAAGCAGCUCGCUAAUGAGCACAGGGCUGCUCAGGGACAUCACCACUGUGGAUUUUCUUUUUGCCAUUUUGUUUUGUUAUUUAAGUGAAUGAAUGAAUGAAUAAGGUUACUCCUUUCUCCUGGGAGGAUGGAUUUGAUGUAACACCGUUACAUCAUUAUCCCAAAGUAGGAACUUAGCAGGGACAUGCAAUGGUGCUGAUACAAUCCUUCAUAAUCAUCCAUUGCCAAAGUUUGUUUUGCUAAAAAUACAUCAGCUGCUCUGCUUUGGAUAUCAGCACCUGUGUGUGUGUGUUGGAAACAUGUUUUCUCCAAAACCUCCGAAGCCGACAUUUACAUCCUAUCUUUCCCCACUUCAGAGUGAUGUGAAGAAAUAUCUUCCAGUGUCUACCAAGAAACUGGAGGCCAGACUCUUACCAGGGGAGAUUGUGGUAAACGAGGCAAACUUUGUGCGGAAGUGCAUUGGGGCAGACAGCAGUCAAGAUGACCUGUGGGGAAAGCUCAUCUGCACCAACUUCAAGGUGUCCUUCGUUACUCAUGACUCCUUGCCCCAACAGAGGUUCCAGUGUGUCCACCGCCUCUUGGGAGAACACGAUGUCCCUCUGGCGUGUGUGGAGCAGGUCGUGACUGUGAAUGAUGCAAAGGGUAAGCAGAAGGUUCUGGGCUCCAAUAAGAAACUAAAGUUUAAUCCCACUGAGUUAAUCCUGUACUGCAAGGAUUUCCGGAUCGUCCGCUUCCGCUUCGAUGAGGCUGGACCCGAGAGUGCCAAGAAGGUUUGCCUUGCUAUUGCACACUACUCCCACCCAGCCGACAGUCAACUGCUGUUUGGGUUCGAGUACGUUGGUACAUGCUUCUACGGCUCCUCAGGUGAGAAGGUGAAUGGAGUGGACUUGGGGAAGCGUGUACAGAUGGCCAUGUUUGACUCCUCUUCUGACUGGGACAGAGAGAUCAAACGCACUGGUGCCUCAGAAUGGAGAGUGUGCGCCAUUAAUGAGGAGUAUUUGGUGUCCCCCAGUCUCCCGGAGUUCUUUGUGGUUCCAUCUUCCUUGGCAGAUCAGGACCUGAAGCAGUACGCCUGUUACUUUAAAGCUCAGCGUCUCCCGUUAUGGUGCUGGAAUCACCCCAAUGGGAGUGCCCUGGUUCGUAUGUCCAGCAUCACUGAGCCCCAGCAGCAGAGGAAGCUAGAUCAAAGGAUUUGCAGCGCAAUAAUCAAAAGCCACCCGAUGCGCAGCAACGUCCUAAAGACAGAUUUGGACAAGAGCCUGCCAAGCAUCCAGGAGAUCCAGACUGCAUUAGUGAAGCUGCGGCAGAUCUGUGUGAUUGAGCCGUUCGUGGAGUCUGAGGAGAAGUGGCUGUCGUCCAUGGAAAGUUCACGGUGGAUGGAAUACGUCAGAGCAUUUUUGAGGCAUGCAGUGGAGGUCAUCUACAUGCUGGACGGGAAACAAUCCUCUGUCAUUCUGCAAGAAGAAGAAGACCGGGAUUUGAGCUGCGUCAUUGCAUCUCUGGUGCAGCUGAUGUGUGACCCUCAUUGCCGGAGUCUGGCAGGUUUUCAGGGCCUGGUGCAGAAGGAGUGGGUGAUGGCUGGCCAUCGCUUCCUCGACCGCUGCAAUCAUUUGAAGAAGAACGACAAGGAGGAGUCUCCCCUGUUUUUGCUGUUCCUGAACUGUGUAUGGCAGUUAAUGGAGCAGUACCCAGCAGCCUUCGAGUUCACAGACAUGUACCUCACGGUGCUGAGCGACAGCAUGUGGGUCCCUGUGUUCAGCACUUUCCUUUUCAACUGCCCACGACAAAGGGCUGAACACAGCAGGGACUUUGCCCUGAGUAAGAGUAUAUCCCUGGGAAAGGACAAAGUUCUUCAGUUCCCCCCUGUGUGGGACUGGUCACAGCAAUUCAGCCAGAAAGAUCAGGCCCUCUUUAACAAUCCUCUGUACGUGGGCAAGAGCGCCCCCUGUGUGCACAACGGCACAGUGCGGACAUUCACACACAGACGUAGCAAGAAAAACUACAGUUCCACGCUGCGAGGUCUGCCUUCAGAUCUGAAGAAUGGCGGUCUGGCUGUCCUUGAUACCCUGCCACGGCGUAAUUCUCUGAUGCCGCGACUGCGUACGGACGUUGCACAGGCAAAUGAGAGGCAGGAGAGCCCUGCCGAACGCUUCCUGCAGGACUGGCUUUCUCGGCCAGCCGACCUGCAUGGUCUGCUGCUUCCGCAGCUCCUGCCUUCCCAUCUGCCCCUAUGGAAGCUCUACUUCCUGCGCUGGGUCCCUGAGGCCCGCAUUCCCAAUGGUGGCCCCAUCACCACCUUCCACAAGCUCUCUGUGCUGGUGGACGAGAUCGAAAUUCUACAGAACCAGCUGAGGCAGUACACAGGAGGGGCGACUCCUGCACUCAGUCCCAGCAGCACCCAGGAUGAACCCAGCAAAAUGUACUUUAGGGCAGGAUUGUCUCCAAGCGAGUCCCCUGCUCCACCUGAGUACCUCAGCUCCUCGUUCCCCUUCUCCCCCAUGGGCAAUCUGUGUCGCCGCGGCGUCCUGGGUACUCCUCUCAGCAAAUUCCUCAACGGAGCCAGAAUUUGGCUGUCCACAGAGACGCUGGCCAAUGAGAACCUCUGAAAACCUGAAGCCUGCUUAGAGACCUCCGAACAGCAACUGGAUUGGUGUUGUGUCAUCAUGCAUGACUGGAAGCCUCUAGAAUGUUCUCCCUUAUUCACACUGGUCCAUUUGGCUUCCCAGUUCUUUUUGAGAGCCAAAUGCCAAAAUCAGAAUGUUGGUGGUUAGUUGCGAUGGAGUAUAUUUGGCAGUGGACAAAGAAAAGUCAUGGCUUACAUUCAGUGAGGCUGUGAUGUUAAGAUAGAGAUUCUUUUAUUUCUGUGCUGGUUUGAUUUACUGAAGCACUUAGUCUGAGAUUUAGUCUGAUGUCCAGUAGGCAUGAGCCGAUAUCACAAUUCAUAUCACCAUAACUGCCCAAACGUUUAUGGUUUAAAAUAUUAUUGCAAUUUAUGUAAUUACUAAGAAAUUAUGCCUCAGUGGGAGAUGUUCCUUUGUUCUGUCUACUCUUGAACUCUCAUCUAAUGAAUAUUGCAGUAUGGUGUAUAAAUCGGUACAUGCCUAUUGUCCAGAAUUUAUUUGCCAGUCUUUGAGUGUGGUGGGUUUUUUUUCUUUUACAAAGCGUCAAUUUGAAUCCACACAUUCUUCUACAUAGUUUUACUCUUUCUAAACUGCCAGUACUGAUUAAUUUCAUGUGGUUUUUUUUUUUUUUUUUUGGGAGUUACAGCAUUAGGAUUAAUGAUGAAAAUAGGACUGUAAAUUAAGCCUGUGGUAGAAAAAUCUUUUAACACUUUUUAUUUUAGUAUGUAUAGUUAUAUAGAUUUUGUAAGAGGCCUUCUGGAAAGGUCUAACUGUAGGUAGCUUUUAUUAAAAUUGUGAAUUGUAUGGGUAAUGUCAGGGAUUGCCCACAAUAACCCCCAAAAUGCAGGUGACAACUGUGCACUCACAGUGAUAUCUAACACACAGGCUGGUCCUCAUCUGUUAGAUCCCUCGCCCAACAGAAGCACAGAAUAGCUGCUCUGAAUAACUGACUACUGCUCCAACCAAUCAGCUGGUUGAACUGGUACAGCAGUCGAGUGCACCGUAUCCCAAUAGGCACAUAGUGAAUUAGCUUUAGAUCAGAAAAUCCAGUUUGUAAAAGUAGGUUUUAUUGGGGAAAAACAGCACUUGUUACCUCUUUGUUUUCUUGUUUUAAAAACCUCUUCUUUUUAACUGGACAGUCAUUCUCUUUUGUUUGAUCUAUAGCCUUCUAUAAAGACGUGAAUUUAUCUUAAAUGUAGAUCAGGGUUUGGGACGGGGGUGGACGAUAUGUUGAUACCAAUAUCACAAUACAUUGUCGUGAAACACUUUUCUUGAAAGUAUCUAAUUGUGUUACUACUCACAGUAGCAAGUAGUGUAUUGGAUAUUAAUAUUAUUUUUUCCCCUACUUUUUCUUCCUAAAAACUUUGCUGUUGAAUAGCAAAUAUUUGAGGUUUUUUUUUUAAUUUAGUUGACCUACUAAUUUGUUGACAGCAUUAGUGAAACAAUCGUGCAUUGUAAGAAUGCCUUCAAAUAUUGUGACGUUUUUUGACAUAUUGCCCACCCUUAUUUUGUGAACUUUAUUUUUUACCUUUUAUUGUCUUAAAUAUGGUACUUUUUCACCCAUUAAUCCUUAAUAAUAAUUUUGUGAUUAGUUUAUCACUAAUGCAGUGCACUCGAAGCUGUUGACCACAAAAAUUACUUGAUCUUAACACAUUUAGGGUUUUUCACUAAACAGCGCUGAUAUUUAUUCAGAUAUGCAAAGAAGCUGAACCAGGGUUAUUUAUUCUAAUCCUGUGUGCCUUUUUGAAAUUGUGGCCUUGCUAUUCAGUGGAUGUUUUUUUUCUUUCUCUCAGGCUGUAACAUGCCGGCACUGCCUCCUACAUCAGUGGCUAAACUCAACAUAAUUCCAAAGCUAUGUGUGGUCAUGUGUAGAGUUGUGUUAUGUGUAAGCUAUGAGGUGGUCAGCUGGGCUCCUGUACAUCUAAAGGGCUCUGAUGAACUCCUGUGGCUACUAUUCUCAUUGCUGCGGGGCCUGACUCUGAGCCGCUAUGCAAGACAUGAUGCUUCUGAUUUGUUUCCUUGUGAAUUAAAAAUGGGUUGACACUUCAA